UCUACUUAGGAAAUGGGUUUCACCUUUUAUUUUAGAGGCUGGCUAUUAAUGGGCUUUGCUUUAUUAGUAUUUCUGGCUGCAUUAGGGGUGCCGUUGACUUUUUUUACCACCUUAAAAGUGCGUACCAUUUAUGUAUUAGUGGUCGCACCACUUCUUUGGCUGCUAUAUAUGUUUCUUUUUUAUUUUCUAAUUUACAGAGUGUUGAUAAAUUUCACGAGUGCGCUGAACAACGACGACAACUAUAACCCCGAUCUGGGGACCCAGGGCUACACCACGUAUACCAAGGAAUUUCACGAUUUAAGUGGUAAUUUACAAACCCUCAGCUUUGAAACCAACGAGUUGAAGAAGGGCACACAUAUAUUGUCGUCAGUAUAUGUGGAUACUCAGGAAUUAGGUAACCCACCCAGAUCCCUGAUACAAGAUGUGGCAUCCUAGAACAUUUCUUGCGUCAUCGGUGAUGUUCCAAAGGGAGAUAAUUGGAGGUUUUAUCUAUUUGUAAACUCCAGGAUUGUUGACGAAUUCAUACGUCAUUCUUAGGUGGAGUCUAGUUCACCGUUUUGCAUCGGUAUGUCUAUACCGAUGGGAUCAUACAAAGUCGUCGGUAUUGUUGUUGUAUGUUUUUUUGUUUUGCGUGCCUCGUUCACGACGUCAA